CAGCUCAAGAUGACUUUGGAGACCUACAUGUUUCAGAACCUAGAUCCUGGAAGCAGAUGGCUGCUUCAACCACUGACAAUUUUGCUGUUGUUGGCUUCUGCGGACAGGCAAACUGCAGAUUUCCCAAAGGCUGUGGUGAAACUUGAGCCCCCAUGGAUCCAGGUGCUACAGGAAGACAAUGUGACACUGAAAUGUCAAGGGACCCGAAAUCCUGAGAACCACUCUACUCAGUGGUUCCACAAUGGGAGCCCCAUCCCAGGCCAGACUCAGCCCAGCUACAACUUUAAGGCCAAGAACAAUAACAAUGGGGAGUACCGGUGUCAAAUGGACCAGACCAGCCUCAGCGACCCAGUGCAUCUGGACGUGUUUUCUGACUGGCUGCUGCUCCAGACCUCUCAACUGGUGUUCCAGGAGGGGGACACCAUUGUUUUGAGGUGCCACAGCUGGAAGAACAACCCUCUGAACAAGAUCACAUUCUACCAUAAUGGAAAUUCCAAGCAGUUUUCCCAUUUCAAUGUCAACUUCUCCAUCCCGUCAGCAAACCGCAGUCACAGUGGUGAUUACUACUGCAGAGGAAGUAUAGGGAGGACGCCCUACUCAUCAAAAUCUGUGACCAUCACUGUCCAAAGUCCAGCAAUUCCAUACAUCUCUCUACCUUGGUACCAAAUCACUUUCUUCCUGAUGAUGGGACUCCUGUUUGCAGUGGACACAGGGAUGUAUUUCUCUGUUCGGCGAGAUCUUCAAAGCUCAGUGGAGAACUGGAGGAUCCCAAAGUCAGAUGGUGCCAUGGCCCUCAGGAAAAAUGACUCCUCACCUUAUUGCAUAACAGCAGUUGCAACAGCAUCUCUUCAGGCCACAUAGCCCCUCCUUGAAAGCUAAGAAGCCACCUUUUUGUCACUUCUUUGCUCAAAAACAUUUAAUAGCUUCCCUUGCACUUGGAGUUAAGCUAAAACCUUUGCAAUGUUUUAUAAAAUGCUUAACAACUUGAUCCUCAUUUUCUCUGUGAUUUUAUUUCCCUCUGUUUUUCCUUCCUUACUCUUCAUUAUUUUUGCUCUUUAUUGAACACACUAAUUAUACUUCUGCACAGAGCCUAUUAUUUCCUGUUUCAGAAAUGUUCUUCCUUACAGAUACCUACAUCAUGUUUCAUCAUGUCUGUUAUGGUUUUAAUAUGGUUUGGCCCCAUCAAAACUUGUGUUGAAGCUUAGUCUUCAAUGUAUUAGUGUUGGGAGGUGGGGUCCAGUGAGAUGUUUUGGGGUCAUGGAAACUCGGCCUUCAUGCAUGAGUUAAUACUUUCUUAAAGUAAUAUGUUAGCUAUCAUGGUAAUUUAGCUGUUUUCUCUCUUCCCAAUUGUCUCGAGGGGACAAAAUUGCAACAUAUGCAGUCGAGAGGAGAAAUAAAGAAUGUCCACGCACUUCUGCCCCUUUCAAUGCUUUAUUCAUUCAAAU